AGACUAAGUUAGACGCGCGCGCACCAUAACCCAACUCAGAACUAUAAAAGCAGCGGAGUCCAACAGCUACGAUUCUCCAGACUUUGGUCUUCGGUCUUCCGGAGCGCAAAAUUUGGGCGACUCAUUAAAAAAAAAUCUACUGGAUUUGUGUAACUUUAUCGGUUGUUGUUGGUGAAAAUCGCGGUAAAAAAUGGGGGUUAAACAAGCGUUAAAGAGCCUGGAUGCGUUUCCUCGGGCGGAGGAGCACUUGCUGCAGAAAACACAAUCGGGGGCACUCGUUUCUGUUGUUGGGCUGCUUAUAAUGGCGACAUUGUUUGUGCACGAGCUUAGAUAUUAUCUCACUACAUAUACCGUCCAUCAGAUGUCUGUAGACUUGAAGCGCGGAGAGACUCUUCCGAUUCACAUAAAUAUGACAUUUCCAGCUUUACCUUGUGAUGUCUUGAGUGUUGAUGCAGUCGAUAUGUCAGGCAAGCAUGAAGUAGAUCUUGAUACAAACAUAUGGAAACUUCGCCUGAACAGUCAUGGACACAUCAUCGGCACUGAAUAUGUGUCUGACCUUGUUGAAAAGGAGCAUUCUCACAAGCACGAUGACGGCAAAGAUCAUCAUGACGAUAAGGACAAGGAAGUUUAUCCACAAGGAGCUUUUGAUCAAGCUGCAGAAGAUCUUAUCAAGAGGGUAAAGCAUGCAAUAGCAAAUGGAGAAGGAUGCCGGGUUUUUGGUGUUUUAGAUGUCCAAAGGGUUGCUGGAAACUUUCAUAUAUCAGUUCAUGGGUUAAACAUUUUUGCUGCGCAAAUGAUUUUUGAAGGAUCUAGAAAUGUAAAUGUAAGCCACAUCAUACAUGACUUGUCGUUUGGCCCAAAAUAUCCAGGAAUUCACAACCCACUUGAUGGGACAGACCGAAUUUUGCAUGACACAAGUGGCACAUUCAAAUAUUAUAUAAAGAUUGUUCCAACUGAAUAUAGGUAUAUCUCAAAAGAAGUUUUGCCAACCAACCAAUUCUCUGUCACAGAAUAUUUCUCUCCUAUGAAGCAGUUUGAUAGGACAUGGCCAGCUGUAUACUUCCUGUAUGAUCUCUCACCAAUUACUGUAACUAUCAAAGAAGAACGCCGCAGUUUUCUCCAUUUCAUCACUCGGCUUUGUGCUGUAUUGGGCGGUACCUUUGCUUUGACAGGACUGCUAGACCGAUGGAUGUACAGGUUUGUUGAAGCAUUGAUGGCCAAACCACAUGCUAGAAGUGUACUGCGAUAAACUCUGGGAGUCUGCUAAUACAAUUUACUCAAGCGCAUCUCCAGAUGGACACUAACGUUUCCCGGUUAGCAAGUGACAUUGGAUGUAAAACGGAGGUGAGAGCUGAAAUGUGCAUUACUGCUCAUGUAACUCACUUUUUUGCUCCCCCUCUUAGUGGUGAUGACCAAUAUGUGAAUACAUUGGCAUCUCUUUAUACAUGUUAUUAUUAUUAUAGUUUUUGAUCUGCCGGAGGGGAACUCAUGGUUGUUGUAGCUAGAUUGAUACACGCAGGAUUCUUUACAGAUUCCUUCAAUUUAUGUAGUUUCGAUUUAGGCACUGUUCAAAUUUUGCUGAGAUGUUAUGAGCAGUUCUAAGCUCGUGCUAUUAACUUUUUGUAGAAAAAAUAUCUCGUUCCAUUUAUCAAAAUCUUGCACUCUA